CGAAAUGUGCUUCAGUCGGUGUUCAGUCGUGGUCGUUGCCGGGUGAAAUAUCGAGAUAUUUUUCCGAAAGUGGAAAACCGCAAUAGCAGUAAUCCAACACCGUUUGAAGAUAGGUGGUUGAAGUUUGAUUCUGCAGGUAGAACAGCUGAGCUAAGCUUACAGAACAUCAUACUGAGUGCGGUGAACGGUGCGAUAUGUGUGCGUGUGGCUGGCCCUUCGGGAAAUGCUCACCUGUUUUGUGGCUAGUUAAGUAGGAAAAGCGUUUCGUCGAUUGCAGCAGUGGGAUGUCCAUCGCUCGGCUAUGUGCUAUGAUUUUAUAUACCCUAAUUGGCAAAUGCAGAAUUGGUAUAAUUGUAGAACUUUAUUAGCCUUUAAGUCCCUGUAGAUCGUCUGAUGGGCUAAUUGUUACGAUACGUAUGGAUUUUUCCGUUCAUAGUAAGAGUAGAGCUGCAGUAAAUUGCGAACUUCUUGCGAAUCAAUUAAAUGGUAAUAACAAGUGAGAUAAAACUUCGUCAAUUACUGUAAAUUUUCGUACAAUGUCCUUUUGUGGGAAAACAAAGUGCUGUUUCAUGUCGUAUUUGUGAUAUUUAUUGUCGUAUGUGUAGUUAAUAAAUUUGGCUUCUUAUCAUCAGUGCAUGCAACAAGAUCAUCAACAACGAGUUGGACAAUGAAUUCAAACAUACAUAGUAGUAUAACAUGGAAAAUGCUACUAGUGUAAUAAGUGGAGCUCGAUAAAAGAUAACACAUCACCCCUCAUUAUUGUUCCAGUUUGGAAAUAUUGGGAGACACCAAAAUCGUAUCGCAGUAAUACUCAACACAAUGUACGGUGACUAGACUGUCCACCAAAUUGUAGCGACAACAUGCAAAGAGUGGUAGAUUAAACCUGCAUAACUACAAGUGGUCUCAUUGUGAACAAACAGCUGGCAUGUAGGUUGUCGAAGUCACUUUUGUGGUAGUGCACCAUUACUAAAUCUGGCUAUGUAGAAACGCCAACAAAAAUAUUAUAUGAAUCGGAAACGGGUUAGAUAGUCCGAAGGAAACUGAAAAUAAUUGAAUGGCCGACUUCUUCCUGUGACCUUAGACAAAUAAUGUUCAUUGUCAUCCGCUUCGUGCAGUAGAUUAUACUGAACUAUCUAUGUAGUGGGAAGGGAAAGGUGACCCUGGUGAGAAACGCAUGAAAAGGCAGCAGUGCAUUGUGAUAUACAAUGAAGUGUACACCAAAUGAAGGUACAUAGUUAAAAGUUCGUGAGUUUUCUAAGGAAUACAUUUUUGGAUUGACGGCAGAGAUUUUCCGUUCCGUUGACGUUGAAUAUAGAACUAACGGGAAGGAACCUAUUCCGGCAGCGGGCUGAAGGCAACAGAGACAUCGGUAGUGGUCUUCAGAAUAGUUCGGUUGCCUUGGAGGGAGUAAAUGGAAGAAGAGGCAAGCGGAAGAAGUCACCGUGCAACGAAACAAUAACCUUUGCAUAUGCAUCAUGUUCCAGAGUUUAGUAAAUGAAAACUUCGCACCGAGGGAAACUCAUUAACGGAAAGUGUUUUACAUUAUCAAGAUGAAAAAGAGAAACCAUGGAAAAUGAGAAAUAGAGGAUGCCCCCAAGGGAACGGAUCGAAUCGUCACCAAUCAAUCGAAUGUCACGAUAGUUUUUUUUUAUCUACCAUCGAAGGAAAGCCACGACAACUGUUGCAGAAGACAUCAGAAAGUUCUGUCGGAUAGACAAACAGAAUUUGAAACUCCAUAAUGCAAUCAAGCGUGUCAUCAAGUGGAGGGUGAGGUGCGUAGUUAGAAAAUGCAGGAAAGUGAAAAAAUAUUUCAUAAUCAGAAAAAUCGCUUACAACAGCACCGGUAACGAACAUCGUUGAAACACCUGGAGCCGGAAAAUUAUGGAAAUUCUUUUUUAUUAUCUUAGUCAUUGCUAAAGCUAGCUGUGUGGGAGAAAAUUCUUUUGAAGUGUGUUCUUUCUUUGUUUACGUCCUGAACGUUUUGUGAAAAGAAAAGAAGUUUCAAGCGCCUCGAAGAAUGGCUUGUUAUUCUGCUUGACGGAAAUAUGUAAAUGCUGGAAUGCUUUUCUGGUGUGUGAUGAAGAACGUGGGGAUCUGAGAGUGGAAAAAGAAUUCAUCAGCGAGAAUAAUAACGUGGGAAUCAACAGAUUUUGAAUCGUGCUAACGAUUUAUAGAAUAAGUUUCUAUAUAGAUAUCUGGGGACAUAUAAUGCGUGAAACGUUUGUAAAUCCCCAGUUGAAUUCAAAUCGACGAAAAGUUGCAAAUAAAAGAUCGAAGAGUUUUUAUUGAAAGCUCAUAGACAAAUAUAAGCACAAAGACCAAUAGAAUUGAACGAAAAGACCUGAUAGCUGUAAGGAUACCAAUACAACGACUGAAAGCCAAUGCUGCAGCUGCUGUUCGGAGGAAAAGUCUGAACAGGGCGUCGAAGUUUAAGAUGCUCGCUUUUGCUGCUUUACUAGCUGUACACGCAGGACUUGCAGGAUCGAUUCCUAGUGCUCCGGAAAACAUUACCGUUACGUUCCUAUCGCCAACCUCGGUUCGAGUUUCAUGGCAAACCUCGAUGGAUCCGCACACGAUGCCAGUUGACAAAUAUGACGUCACCUACAAACCUACCGAUGCCAGGGUUGUCGUAGUCGUUGCCGGAAACCGGGAGGCGGUCACACUCGGAGGACUUUCACCCGAUACGCAGUACCAGCUGACGGUGGCCGCGGUCUGGAACGGUAAAAAGUACCGAAGCAGACCGAUUGUAUUCAGGACACUGGAGCCACCCAGGACGUCGUUCCAACAGGACUCCGGUGCGCUCCCUGGCAACAGUGGGCCACCGAUAUCGCCACAUGCCGACACUGCAUCAUCGCUGAACACGUUCGGGAUCUUCAGCGAUGAGUUUGGCAACAUUUCAGUUAACUCCACAUCUCGAGAACUUCCAACGAUACGUGGCGUUGAAAUCGGUAUCGUAGUGUUAGUGUUAAUAGUGUGGGCUGGUGCUAUAGCGUUAUUUUUUAAUCGAUGGGGUAAGAUCCGAAUGUUGCUUCCAUAUCAGCCGGACUACAAACAGGAACAGCUGAAGGUUCCUGGAACGGGCGUCUGUGCCAACGGUCCCUGCAACGGACAGCACUCGCACCAGUGUAUUCCACGGUGCGACAGCUGCAGCCUGCUGGACCGAUGUUUUCAAUGUCCGAUCCUGUCCCGGCCGCAUCCUCGAGACUGCGGUUGUCAGUUUGCACUGCUGCAUCGAGCCGAGGUCGACAGCUAGCAUUUGGGGAAUGAUCCUCCGCGCGAAUUUCACCUGAACUCGCAGCCAACGACCAUGACAACGCUAUCGCAAGAACAAGAACAGCAACAACCAAACCAUAGCAAUCACAACCAAACACAGCUGCUGCUGCAGCGCCAGCGCUCCACGGAGCCAGAAAUUCCACAAUCGAAUCACCGUCCGUUGCUGGCUAAAGUGUCCACCAUCAAGCGCCAACUAUCAUGUCAACAGCAGCGACCACUGUUGUCUAACUCAGCCAGCCUAGGGCAUCAUCAUCAUCUACCGCAUUACCAUCAUCAUCACUCGCAUCCCCGUCUCAGCCAAAAGAACCGUCAGACGCUGUUCUCGCGCAGCCGAGGCUACAAAUCGGUCUGCAGCGGUAGCGGGUCUCAGCAUGCCUGCGCAGGUCAAAGCAGAUGCUCGAAGGAUCACGACGAAGACAUUGAAGCCUGUCGAACAACGAAGAAAGGGUACGGAAAAUAUCUUGAUAAGCAGCAGCCUUUUCACCCGUGGCCGGAGGAACCCUCCUCGGUCAUAUCGGAACGAUGCACAAGGGCCCGAAUAAACUCGGCGAUAUUCGUCUCGUCCGAGGGCAGAGGGUUCGACUCGAUCGAAUUCAUCCGGCGGUAUGGUUCGCAGUCGGUGCUGUGUCGGAAGGCACGGAGCGCGGAGAACGUGUCAGCCGCAGAACGACAGCGACGAUUCUCCGCGUACCCCGAGUGGGAGUCCGAGGAAUGUAAACAGCAGAACCACGCGAUAAACGGUUCGAAUAAUUACAGCAGUGCCAACUGCAACGAUCCCCGCCAGGACUCGAUUGAGCUGGUGGAGUGUCACAAAGAGCCGAGCUCCGCACAGUACGCCGGCCCUAGCAGUAGUAGCAGCAGUAAUCCGAAAGCCACUAGCAGUAGUUGCGACAACGCCAACAGCAGACCAACGCCAAAACUGUCGAACCUACCGACGUUGUCGGUUUCGGGUCCAUCGCCGCCACACGAGGAGGAAUUUUUGUUAUAAUCUCGGUAGUACCUCACACCAACACGGGCCCGUCGAGAUUCGCGUAAUCUUCCAUCCUCCAACCGGCGCCGAGCGCGUGUUGCUGUGUAAUUAGCUUUCGAUUAAGGCCACACACAUAUUCUGUAUGUCAUGUCACUGAUACCCACCAACAAACAAAGAGCUAGCAAAGGAAAUCAUUACAUCGUUUAGGAUUUUAUCGGAAGACGUCAGCAGAUCUGAAAAUACACACAUCGACGCAAAAUUUACAUAUAUGUAGCAUCUGAUCAACGUAAGGAAGGGAACAUUUUUAUACACCGUCAUUGUAGCAAUUCAGAAACCUGUAGGAAUCGUUAUAGAAGGACCCAAAUCGAACGAAUAGCUUUAACUACGCCCGGUACACUUUUUUAUAUUUUUAUUAUAGAAUACUCAAAAUAAUACAGUUUUUACUAUUUUUGUCCUUUCAUAGUUUAUAAAUAUAUAUCGAUCAAAAAAGAAGCACCUUGAACAAUUUUAUACGAAUAAAUCUGCGUACCACUUCGAAAAUGAGGUUUCUUUCCCUAAUCACUAAACAAGCCAGCGCCUAGAAAAGUAGACCAAAUCGCCGAGUUUAAGAAUUUCGUUAAAAUUUUGUACUGAUAGAUUACUAGAUUUAGGAAUGAUUAAUGAGCAAGUAAAUUUUCUAUGCAUUCAUCACGUAGAUGUAGAUUAAACCAAUAAAAUUUGAAUAUAAAAUUCGUACCGUUAAA